AUGCAUGCACAUCUGUUCAUUCACAGUGAUAACUUUACGGUGCUUGUGCUGGCUUUUGCUGCUUCACGUGAAUUUUUAGCUGCAUCAUUGUUUCUUCCAUUCAUUACAUACUCAAAAGCAGUUCCAAAGCUGGAAGAGGGUAGCUCAAAUCUGGAUUAUCCAAGUAAUCAAGAACCACUAUUAGAUGAAGAAGAUCAAGCAAAAGAAGAAGAAGAAAAGGAGGAGGAGGAUGAUCAUGAAGAUGGACAGCACAAAGCUACACAACAAUGGUUUCAUGGCCAUAAUCAUCAACAGCAACGAAAUCAUUAUGGAAAAACAAUAGACACCCACCAAGCAAAAUGGCCCAACUUCUUUUCUACUUGUUCAAAUUUGGCAUUUGAGCAUAAAAACAAGAGAUAUGAAACACUUGGUGGGGGAAUGCAAGAGGGUUUAGGCCAAGCACCACCAAAAUUAAGGCUAAAGAGAAAGAAAGGUGAUGUGGUUGACAUCCACGGUGGCCGGAUUGUUCGGUCCACCGGAAGAAAAGACCGGCACAGCAAGGUAUGCACAGCAAAGGGCCCGAAGGACCGGCGAGUGCGGUUAUCAGCAAACACUGCCAUACAAUUCUAUGAUGUUCAAGAUCGGCUCGGUUGUGACAGACCGAGUAAGGCCAUUGAUUGGCUCAUGCAGGAGGCCAAGGCCGCCAUUGAUGCCCUUAAUGAGUUACCGGCUAGAGAUUACUAUCCUCUGCGACACGAUGAUCCUUCGUACACGACUGAACCAGUUCAUCAACAUCAACAACUAGAACUACACUUGGAAGAACAUAGCCCAAAUCAUAUUCAUCAUCAAACACAGCAAGAAAGUGAGUUUACAUAUUCUGAAUAUGAAAUUCAUGAUCAACAGCAAUCGGGUGGCAACCCCAUUGGCGGUUUUGGCUUCUUUUCCACAACUGGUGGUUCUGCACCAUCAUCUUCCAUUGAUUUCCACCACCACCACCACCCAGGUGACCAGAUUUCAAGAAUUAAAAGCCAAAACCAAGGCUUUUCUCUCUCCUUCUUACCUUUUCAAGAUGAACCCAUUUGUCUACAUCAUCAUUCAAGUCCCUUUCAUUCUACUGAUCAUCAGCAAGGCCUGUUCACUUCCUCAACUCCUCUAGAUUUUAAUGUCACAACAGAGAUGGGUCACUUUCCUGUUUCAAAUUCAGGGAAUGCAGGAGGAAUAAAAGGGUUUGUGUUUGAUUCAAUGCCACCAGGUCUAGGCCAAAACCAACUGUUUUGGCAAAGGGAACCCCUUCAGUCCAGUUCUUUUCCUUCAAUUCACACUCCAAUGAAAAUUUUGGAUUCCAAUGUGAGUUUUACCAGCAAUUUUUCCAGUGGUGAAAAUUCAGAAUUUUCUGUUUUGCUGGGAAUUCAAAGCCAAGAGAAGGAAAAUCCAGUUUCCAACAAGCCAUCCUCUGCUAUCACUCUUUUGCAUUAUCAGGACUAG